AUGUUCGUGCGCAAAAGAUGGGUCUCGGAUGCCCCAUUCACGCUCAACGGAACGCACAUAUCCGAAUGCACCUGUUACGUUUAUCUGGGCCGGGAGUUGAACACGAUGAACGACCUGACCCCCGAGGUGGGCAGGAGGAGACGAGCGGCUAGGGGAGCGUAUAAGAGCAUCGAGGAUGUAGUGAAGAAGACCAGGAACACCCGGCUUCGUGCUCACCUCUUCAACACCACCGUACUUCCUGCUUUGACCUAUGCUUCGGAAACCCGGGCACUUCGCAAGCAGGAGGAAACCGCGGAGAACGUCACUGAACGCGCAAUUGAGAGAGUGAUGCUAGGAGUAUCCCGUUUCAAAGUAAAAUAA